AUGACCCAAGGAAGCAUCCCCUUCACUGUCUUUGCCCUGGAACGCAGCCGGCUGCCGGCGCACAGCGCUGGAAGCUACAAAACAUCAGAAAACAUCCUCUAUGAUGUCCCAAUCGCUCCACGCAUCCCUCUCCACAUCGGCCUGCUCGUCCGCAUCGCCGCAAUUCUCCCCGCCCACCCGCAAGCGCUCCCAGCCGCUGGAGAAAGUGGCGGAGGCAGCACCUACUACACCGCAACGGAGACGGAGAUCGUGAGGCGAGUUGUGGGGGUCAGAACGAUGGAAAGACUCACCACCGAACUGGUCGUGAAGAACGAGAACGCUGCAACCGCCGCAGCGUAUGCGUAUCUCACAAUCCACCAUGAAGAGGGGAAGACGGUCCAUCUCCCGCUGUGGAUAAGAACUGCACGUGCGGUCUUCCGCCGAGGCCUGGCGAACACAAGAGACGUGCCGAUCGAGCAGGACGCCGUCGUGCGCUUCCGCCAGAGCCACAACCAGCUGGGCGAGCACACGAACUGCCCUGCAGCGGUAGUACCUACAGCGGAGGAGUGGAUGGAUGAGUAG